CUGGCAUUUGCCGCUUGUUCGAUGAUCUCGGCAUGCCAUCCCUGGAGCCAAUGCAAAGUGGUCCACUUCGUGCGCCAUGCCGAGGCUGAGUCCAACGCCGCGGCACAUCAGUUUCCCAGGGAUUCUGCUGGUUACCUCGCUGCGUAUGCGGAUGAACAGUACUUCGAUUCCGUGCUGUCCGAAAAGGGCCAGGCUCAGUGUGCGGAGCUGCAGCUUGAGGUGCAGGGCUUGCAGUAUGAGGCGGUGGUGUGCUCCCCGCUGCGGCGCACCCUCCAAACUGCCAGCCUCGCUUUCACUGACAGAAGCGUGCCCUGGCUGGCCGUGGAGUCCGCGCGGGAGUUCAGUGAAGGACACGCACGACCCUGCGACCACCGCCGGGCGAAGAGCGCGCAGGCGGCGGGCUUCGGCUUCGUGGACUUCCGGCAGGUCCCGGAGGGCGAGGAUAGCUUCGCCGCCCGGAAGGAAUCUCCGGAGGAUGUGGACUCCCGCUGCCGGCAGCUUCUGGCGCUCCUGGCAGAGAUGCCGCAGAAAAGCAUCGCCGUGGUGUCCCACACUGGCUUCCUCUCCCGACUCUUCGCGCACCACCUGGCCUGGGGUUCGAAGGCCGCCUUCCGCAACGCGGAGCUGCGGUCCGUGGUGCUGUGCUUCGAGGUGAAGCCUCCGGACAGCACGUUGACCCCUGAGCCGAUCUGGCAAGCGCCAUAGCCCCGGGGCCAAGCGCCUGGCGCAAUCUGGU